CAUGCUCUGCCUGACCAAGCAAAAUAUUUUCUACAUCCCAAGAGUUUGUUAUUGUAUGUAUACAGACAUACAUUUUAUGGAAAGAAUUGCAGGUUUUUAUUUAAAAAAUCAUCGAACCUUUGAUUGCUACUGCCUAGGCGCGUAUCAGCAGUAGAGAGUUAGCUUUACGUUUCACUUAGGUCUGCUUCACAGCUUUUUAACAUGGUACCCUCUACAUACAGCCUCACAGAAAUUCAACAACGGAUAGAUGAAGUCAAGCGGUUUUUGUCUGUAACUCUGGGCAUCGCUAAUGCUCACACUGUGGAGUUUUACACUCACGACGUGUGGAAACAGCUUAUGGCCGUGUCACCAGAGGAGGUCCUGUCUGCAGUUAGCUCCUGUACUGACCAGCAGAGGGAGCCAGAGCACAGAGGAAAAGAGCAAACCGGAACCAAGUUUGGGUUUUGUAGGAAUACAAACAGGCUGGUCGAUACCCACGAACUGUUGCAGAUGGCCAAGGUUUACUCUGUUCCUGGCCUUGGAGUCAGUCUGAGCAGAAAUGAGCUACUGCAGGCCCUCAGAGAGAACAGGCCGCAGUCUAGUGCUUCAGCAGCAGAGAUGGGUACUGAGGUGGAGCCAGAUGAGUUUAUGAAUUCAAAGAAGUCUCAUGAAGUUCAAUCUAUGUCUGAGGUGGUGGCCUGUUUGGCUCAGUGCUGUGGAGUCAAACAGGUGAUUGACGUGGGCUCAGGAAAGGGUUACCUGAGCUCCUUCCUUUCCCUGCAGUAUGGCCUCAGAGUUUAUGGCAUCGACUCCUCCAGCACCAACACCCACGGUGCCCAGGAGAGGAACAGGAAGAUCAAGAAGUUCUCCAGGGUGUACCAGAAACGCAGCAAGGCAGUGAAGGCACUAGCAGAGGUCACACAUUCACCACAGGAGGAGCUAUUACAAAUAAAGCCUGGCAUUAAUGGAGGCUGUGGAGUUUUACAUGAUGAUGGUCCAGGAAUACCAGAGGAGGAGGACAAGGUGUUAACCAGCUUAUCAGAUGUCAACCCUGUAGUGGAGCGACCUUCAGAGCCAAACCCAGAAACAGAGGAGGUCUUCCUUAGUGCACUUUCACUGGAUGUGAUACAGACUACACCCCCCAGAAUUUCCCCGAGUCAACUGAGUGCUGAGGAGAGAGAGAGGAGGAAGAGGGAGAACCUGGAGAAGAAAGCUCUAAACAGAAGCAAGAGUGCCGGCGCCAUGUUUUCAACUCUCACAUCUUAUGUUACAGCGGAAACAGAGCUCCGCGAGCUCAUUAGCGAGCUGGAGGAUGCAAUCAUGGUUGGCCUGCACACAUGUGGUGACUUGGCUCCCAGCACCCUGAGGAUGUUUGUGGCUAAACCAGAGCUGGCUGCAGUCUGCAGCGUGGGCUGCUGCUAUCACCUGCUGUCUGAGGAAUUUGACACUGCCAGGCAGGAGUGUUUGCACAGUGUGUGUGGGUUUCCUCUGAGCCAGUACCUCCGCAGCCAGUCCUGGUUCUGCGGCAGAAAUGCCAGGAUGUCUGCAUGUUUGGCUCUUGAGAGAGUUUCACAUGGCCAAGGGAUUCAGAUGGAGUCACUGUUCUACCGAGCAGUGCUUCAUGUUAUUCUGAGGGACCACUACGGCUCCUAUAAAAGCGAAAAGCGAGUUGGGAAUGUCUACUCCAAGGCUAAAUCAUUUGUGGAUUAUGUUCGUCAGGCUCUACGCAGACUGGAACUGGAUGAAUCAAAGCUUUCUGACCAUGACAUCCAGGGUUACCAUGACGCAUACAGACCACGAAUGGAUGAGAUGCAUGCCUUUAACAUGUUAAAGGUGACCCUGGCUCCCUGUAUCGAAGGUCUAAUUCUCCUGGAUCGCCUGUGCUACCUGAAGGAACAGGAGGAUGUAUCAUUCUGUGCACUGGUGCAACUUUUUGAUCCCCUGCUGUCACCGAGAUGUUAUGCUGUUGUCGGGCUGAAGAGUUAAGGAAACAGAAUUACAAGCUGAUGAACUUAAACGCAUGAACAUGAUUAUAAGGCGUUGAUUGAUGGGUCAUGAUUAUAAAUGACUAACAAACUUUUAAAGUGAUUGUGUUGUCAUUUAUUUGCACCGUCUCUGCUUCACUUUCAACAUCAUCUUAUUUUGUUGUAUAUAUUUUAAUGUUUUUGAUGAAAAAUAAACCUUAAACAUUUGCCGCUCUCAG